GCGCAGUCCCGGAAGGUGAGGUGCUGACACACUUCCGGCCUUUGUGACUCAUUGUGUCUGUGUGGAGGCGUCGGGAGGGCCUAGGUCCUUGUGCAGCGCCCUUCGGCCGGCCUGAGCCCCAGAGUCAGCUCCCCUUUCUCGCCCAGCGCCCCAAGGCCGCUCCCGGUGCUCACGGAAUAGUACAGAAACAGAUACAGAAAACAUCUCCUAGAACAGAAAGGAGAGCACAGACCCUAUUUGGAUCAAGUCAGUUCCCUGAACCUGAAUGAUGACUGCUGAAUCAAGGGAAGCCACGGGUCUGUCCCCACAGGCUGCCCAGGAGAAAGACGGUAUUGUAAUAGUAAAGGUAGAAGAGGAAGAUGAAGAAGACCACAUGUGGGGGCAGGAUUCCAGCCUGCAGGAGACUCCUCCUCCUGACCCAGAGAUCUUCCGCCAACGUUUCAGGCACUUCUGUUAUCAGAACACUUUUGGGCCUCGAGAGGCUCUCAGUCGACUGAAGGAACUUUGUCAUCAGUGGUUACGACCAGAGAUAAACACGAAGGAGCAGAUCCUAGAGCUGCUGGUGCUGGAGCAGUUCCUUUCCAUCUUGCCCAAGGAGCUCCAAGUCUGGCUUCAGGAAUACCGUCCUGAUAGUGGGGAGGAGGCCGUGACCCUUCUAGAAGAUUUGGAGCUUGAUUUAUCAGGACAGCAGGUCCCAGGUCAAGUUCAUGGACCUGAGAUGCUCGCAAGGGGGAUGGUGCCUCUGGAUCCAAUACAGGAGUCCUCGAGCUUUGAUGUUCAUCAUGAGGCCACCCAGUCCCAUUUCAAGCAAUCAUCUCGGAAACCCCGCCUCUUACAAUCACGGGCUCUCCCUGCCACCCAUGUUCCUGCCCCUCAUCACGAGGGGAGUCCCAGAGACCAGGCGAUGGCAUCUGCACUAUUCACAGCAGAUUCCCAGGCAAUGGUGAAGAUCGAGGACAUGGCCGUGUCUCUCAUCCUGGAGGAAUGGGGAUGUCAGAACCUGGCUCGGAGGAAUCUCAGUAGGGACAACAGGCAGGAGAAUUAUGGGAACGUGUUUUCCCAGGGUUGUGAAAACAGGAAUGAGAAUGAGGAGUCAACCUCCAAGGCUGAAAUUGCAGAAGACUCAACAUCACAUGCGGAGACAAGAGGAAGAAUUCAGAAAGAUUUUGGAGAAAAACGUGAACAGCAGAGUAGAACAGCAGAAAGGCAGCAAAGAAAUCCUGAGGAGAAAACUGGAAGAGAAAAGAGAGAUUCGGGGCCAGCUACAGUCAAGGAAAAAAAACCCACCACGGGAGAGAGAGGUCCCAGGGAGAAAGGUAAAGGAUUGGGAAGAAGCUUCAGUCUGAGUUCCAACUUUAACACCCCUGAAGAAGUUCCGACAGGAACAAAGUCUCAUAGAUGCGAUGAAUGUGGUAAAUGCUUCACAAGGAGUUCAAGCCUUAUUCGCCAUAAAAUCAUCCACACUGGAGAAAAGCCCUAUGAAUGUAGUGAGUGUGGGAAAGCCUUCAGUCUGAACUCAAACCUUGUCCUGCAUCAGAGAAUCCACACAGGAGAAAAACCUCAUGAAUGUAAUGAGUGCGGCAAAGCCUUCAGUCAUAGUUCAAAUCUCAUUCUGCAUCAGCGAAUCCACUCUGGAGAGAAACCUUAUGAAUGUAAUGAGUGUGGAAAGGCCUUCAGCCAGAGCUCAGACCUUACAAAACAUCAGAGAAUCCACACAGGGGAGAAACCCUAUGAAUGUAGUGAAUGUGGAAAAGCUUUCAACCGAAACUCAUACCUUAUUUUGCAUCGGCGAAUUCACACCCGCGAAAAGCCCUAUAAGUGCACCAAGUGCGGCAAGGCCUUCACCCGGAGCUCAACCCUCACUCUGCACCACAGAAUCCAUACCAGAGAGCGAGCCUCCGAAUGCGAUGAAUGUGGUAAAUGCUUCACAAGGAGUUCAAGCCUUAUUCGCCAUAAAAUCAUCCACACUGGAGAAAAGCCCUAUGAAUGUAGUGAGUGUGGGAAAGCCUUCAGUCUGAACUCAAACCUUGUCCUGCAUCAGAGAAUCCACACAGGAGAAAAACCUCAUGAAUGUAAUGAGUGCGGCAAAGCCUUCAGUCAUAGUUCAAAUCUCAUUCUGCAUCAGCGAAUCCACUCUGGAGAGAAACCUUAUGAAUGUAAUGAGUGUGGAAAGGCCUUCAGCCAGAGCUCAGACCUUACAAAACAUCAGAGAAUCCACACAGGGGAGAAACCCUAUGAAUGUAGUGAAUGUGGAAAAGCUUUCAACCGAAACUCAUACCUUAUUUUGCAUCGGCGAAUUCACACCCGCGAAAAGCCCUAUAAACGUUACAUAUGUGCUGAGUGUGGAAAAGCCUUUAGUAAUAGCUCAAAUCUUACUAAACACCGGAGAACACACACUGGGGAGAAACCAUAUGUGUGCACCAAAUGUGGGAAAGCAUUCAGCCACAGCUCAAACCUUACCCUUCAUUACAGAACACACUUGGUGGAUCGGCCCUAUGACUGUAAGUGUGGAAAAGCCUUUGGUCAGAGCUCAGACCUCCUUAAACACCAGCGAAUGCACACUGAAGAGGCACCAUAUCAGUGUAAAGAUUGUGGAAAAGCCUUCAGUGGUAAAGGCAGCCUCAUUCGACACUAUCGCAUACACACUGGGGAGAAACCUUAUCAGUGUAAUGAAUGUGGGAAGAGCUUUAGUCAGCAUGCAGGUCUUAGUUCUCAUCAGCGACUCCACACUGGAGAGAAGCCGUAUAAAUGUAAGGAGUGUGGGAAAGCUUUCAACCACAGCUCCAAUUUUAAUAAACAUCAUAGAAUCCAUACUGGGGAAAAGCCCUAUUGGUGUAAUAAUUGUGGAAAAACCUUCUGUAGUAAGUCAAAUCUUUCCAAACAUCAGAGAGUCCAUACUGGAGAGGGAGAAGUACUUUAACCGUCAAAAUAUGCUCUCUUAGUUCUUUUUGUUUUUUUAACUUUAGAACAUUAAUGCUAGAGAGAAGCCCAGUGAUUACAAUAUAAACUCCAGUGGUAGAUUAUGUUUUACUCAACAUCAAGGGCUCAAGCAAUGGCACGGUAGGAGGCAGGCCCUGGAGGGUGUCAGUGGAUUCCGCACUCCCCAGUUUAACUGGAGCAGGGUCCUCUCACCACACAUCAGGUCCCACAAACCAUGCCAGCAUUGCCUUUUGUAUAGUUAAACUUAUGUGUAUGUAGUAUAAUUAUGGAGGAAACAUUACACUAACAAGAAUUAUGAUUUGUAAAGAUUUGAGCCAUGUUGAACACAAUCUGAUUCCGAAUAAAUUUAUAACAUCUUGUAAUGCUUCA